CAACAAAUUACGAACCAUCGUCGAUUUUCAGGUACAUUCUUGGUAUUUACGAGAAUCAAACGGUUUCUCUAUUUUAUUUUUCGUUUGUUUGUUGAAACGCAGUUCGUAAGUCAUCUCUACUACUUGGAAUUUUGGUACUUUUGGAACAAGUCUUCCUGGUUUUUGAUAGAGUAUUGAGGCAAACAUCUUUGCGAUAAUUUUUUUAUAUUUAUUUCUUUUGAUAUUCAACUGAAAAUUCACGCUAUUCUCAUGUCAAAACGACAUCAAGACAUUUUUGGCGGCGUUAUUGCCGGCGCUGUCGUCUGCUAUAUUUUGCAGAAAUGGAUAGGAUCACGAAACCAAACCAACCAAGAAGAGACGGACUUGAAGGAAGAAAUUGUUGAGGGUGUGGAAGGUCUUAUUGGAAAUACCAAGCUCGUUAAAAUCAAGUCGUUGUCUGAAGCAACUGGCUGUGAAAUAUUAGCCAAGGCCGAGUUUUUAAAUCCUGGAAACUCUCCCAAGGAUCGUGUUGCCCUUGAAAUGAUCCAAAGUGCCCAAGACAGGGGUCAGCUCGUCCCUCACCAAAACGACGUUGUCUAUGAAGGGACCGCAGGAUCUACUGGGAUUUCUCUUGCUAUGCUAUGUUGUUCUCUUGGUUAUAAAUGUCAUAUCUUUAUGCCGAGCGAUCAAGCCAAGGAAAAAAGUGAUGUCUUGGAGUUGCUGGGAGCCCAUGUUCAGCGUGUGCCCCCUGCUCCCAUCGUUGAUCGUAAUCAUUUCGUGAACUCUGCUCAAGACCAUGCUCUUCGACAUACAAAGGACAAAUCUAUUCCAGGACAAGGAUACUUUUCCAACCAGUUUGAAAACCCCGCAAAUUGGCAAGCACACUAUAAAACUACCGGCCCAGAAAUUUGGCGUCAGUGUGGAGGAAAGUUAGAUGCAUUUGUAGCUGGUUCCGGAACUGGAGGAACCAUGGGAGGUAUUGCAAAGUAUCUUAAAUCGGAAAAACCUUCUAUAAAAAUCUGCCUGGCAGACCCUCCAGGAAGUGGUCUCUAUCACAAAGUCCUCCAUGGCGUUAUGUUUGACUUAGCAGAACGGGAAGGAACUCGUCGUCGACAUCAAGUCGACACUAUUGUUGAGGGUGUGGGUAUAAACCGCAUGACUCGCAAUUUUUCUAUAGCUAGGCCUCACAUUGAUUAUGCGUAUAGAGUCACAGACGAACAGGCUGUGGCUAUGUCUCGAUAUUUGAUUGUCAAUGAUGGCUUCUUUGUUGGUAGUUCUUCCGCUAUUAAUUGCGUUGCUGCAGUUCGUCUUGCCAAGCAACUUGGUCCUGGUCAUCGAAUUGUCACAUUACUCUGUGAUCCUGGAAAUCGCCAUUUCUCUAAGCUUUACAACCCGGAAUUUUUGAGAAAGAGAAAGCUGGAUCCAUCUCUCCCCUCUUCUCUAGAAUUUGUCAAUCCCUAAUUCUUCAUAUACAUUCGACUCACAAAGAUCUGCUCCUUGUUUUCUCCUGCAUUUAAGGUUUUCUUUUUGAUAUUCACUUUUUGGAACUUAUCCCUGUUACUCAAAAUCUGUGUUUGAUCGAGCUUCUCAUUCACAAUAUUCUUUGCUUCCAAUUAUUUUUGUCUUUUCCUUCUGACACCUUGUUGAAAGUCAUUUCAUUCUACUCUAUAAAAAAAGAGAAAGAACUGUACACUAGAAAUCAAUGUUUUCAUUUUCAUAUCUUCACUCUCUGACCUCUUUCUCUCCUGAAUUUCCAUCUACCAUUCCC